AAGGCCUUGGUCGGCCCGAGGCUAUAUAGAAGACACUUGCUCAAGGUGCCACGCAGUGGGACUGAACCCGGAACCAUGUGGCUUGUAAGCAAGUACUUACCACACAGCCACUCUUACGCCUAUAGUCUUUGUUUACACUUUUACAAUUCACAUCACUCACAGUUUUAUAUAUUUUCAAACAAUAAACUUCCAGCAAAAUAUUGUGAGAAUUAGUAGAAAGGCCAUAAUAAUGUCGAAAUUUACUCGUUGUAUAAAGCGUUAUUCUUCAUGUCGAUGGAGAUUAUGUUACGCCUGUACUGUUGCUUUUCUUCUGCUACAAACAUUGAGAGUUGAUCUAAGCAUGGCUUUUGUUUGUAUGUUGAAAACACCCAAUCGUACAACUGAGGAAGUUAAGUUUACUACAGGGAACCAGCAGUGUUCCGGUUUAGAUAACCGUUCUCUAAACCAAAAUUAUGAAGGGGAGUUAGAAUGGGGCAGUACCCUACAAUCAAACAUAUUGGCUGGGUACUUCUACGGAUAUAUAGCAACUAAUAUUUUGGGUGGAAUUUUGGCAGACAAAUAUGGUUGGAAAAGAGUUCUAGGAGGUUCGCUUUUAUCAGCAUCCAUCCUGGCCAUUCUUCAUCCAAGUUUGUCUCGAAUUAGUGGUUACUUUACUCUUAUUCUAAGAAUAUUAACAGGCACAGUAUCAGGACCGUUCUGCCCUGCGAUUUACUCUUUAUUUGGGCGUUGGAUCCCUCCAGAUGAGAUAAGUUUAUUUGUUGCGAUUACAUAUGCUGGUCAAAUUCUUGGGAGUGUUGUAGGUCUUUCAAUAUCUGGUUUUCUUUGUGAUUAUGGCUUCGAUAAUGGAUGGGGUUCUAUAUUCUAUGUAUUUGGUGGAUCAUCGUUAGUAUUUAGCACUGUAUGGUUUUAUGUGGCUUAUGAUAAUCCAGAUUCCCAUCCCACUAUCAGUGAAGAAGAACGUUCUCACUUAAAGAGAACUGUAAUAAGUGAAAAGGCAAUUCAAAAAGUACCAUGGAAACGGCUGUUGCUUUCACCUGCUCUCUGGGCAAUCAACUUCGGUUUCUUCGCUUAUGCCUGGACGGAUUUAUCUUUCCAGAUGUUGCUGCCCCUAUAUAUGAAGGAAACUUUAAAAGUUAAAACUACAUCCAACGGCUUAAUGUCGUCUGCCCCUGCCAUUGGACAAAUCAUUGCCCUUCCGUUGUGUGGAAAAUUUGCAGAUUUUAUACGUUCAAAGAAAUACAUGUCAACUCAUUCAGUUCGAAUUGUAUUCCAAACCUUUUCUAUGGUUACUUCGGCUUGUCUGCUGAUAAGCGUAGGCUUUCUGACAUGCGACCUAACCGUUCUAAUAACUAUCCUCUUGUUUCUCAGUGGUAUAACUCUAUCGUUUUCCAGUGGUGGUGUCAUCGUCAACAAUAUUGACAUCGCUCCAAGUUACGCUGGUGUUAUAAAUGGAAUUUCUAACACCUUUUGCUCAAUGGCUGGUAGUAUUAGUACCUUAUCUACAAAAGCCUUGACCCCAAACGGUACCCAAGAAGAAUGGCAGAUCGUAUUUGUUUUAUGUGCUUCUGUAUGUCUAGGUGGUGCAAUACUAUUUGCAGUCUUGGUAAGAACAGAAAUCCAAGACUGGGAAAGGUCUGAAGGAUCCAGAGCAACUGUUACUUCCAGAGAAAUAAAUAAAAUUGCAAAAGUUUAACUAGUGUGCUAUGUUGUAUAUAUGUAUAUAUAUUAGCCACUACACACAUUUUUUCUCUCCUUGUUUUUUCUGUGUCCCUUUCUGUUGAAGAGCGUAGACUCAAAACGUAAAAGACUUUUUUCUAUUCCUGAGCGUUAUACUAAUACAUCUGUUGACUGGAGAGGGUUGUUGCUGAAAGACUAUAUCUGUAGCAGCAGAAUUUGGCUCCUCACCCUUCUUCUGGUAAGAGUCAGGAGUGAGUAUUGGAAUAUAUAUCAACGACUUCACCAACACCAUUUUCUGGCAUCUUAAUUCCGCUAAACGUGUGGAGGGAAUGCUAAGAAAGACACCGACCAUACUACCUACAGCACCAAGGCCGAGCUGGUGACCAAGAUCAAUGAGAUGUUUGAAGAUCUUCCUAAAGACACAGUGAGGAACGCAUACACCAUGUUCCGGACUCUGUUGAGACUGUUACGAAAGCUGAGAACGGAUAACUUUAAAUAAAAUGUUAUUUCUCAGCCAUUAUCUAGUUGAUAUUUUUUUGUUUAAAUUACUGUUAUUUUUGGAUUGGAUAUUGUAUUUUCUUGUCCCUUUAUGCGCAUGUGCUAGUCAAUAUACAUAAUGCCUUAUCUAAUUAGGUACUUUUAUGAUUUAGGCUGAAUGAAAGUAAUGUAACAGACGACUGACUCCCCAGUAUAAUUAUACGUAUAAUUUAUUCCUUUACACGUGUUCACACUCUCAGAGACUUGCAGUGUUGAAUAUUUUUAGAUUAGAAGUAACUUCAGGAUCAUAUAUUACUUGACACUAUAGAUUUAUUACAGGCGCAGGAGUGGCUGUGUGGUAAGUAGCUUGAUUACUUCCCACGAGUAUUUGUUGUCUGUGUGCGCAUGUGCCAUUGUGUUGUGCACUGAAGAAAUAGCCCGCAGUGUUUAGCCUGCCAAAAGAAGCUGCUGCAAGGUAACACUUUUCCCUCUUGGAUCCAGUGAGGGUUGUUGU